AUGGUGACUGAAGUUCAAAGAAGAAAAUUAACAAGUUCCACCGAAGAGGGUGUUGAGUUACUCUAUGGUGACAAUCAGCAACAAUUAAAUACGUCUGGCUCCAGUGGUAAAAGACUUUAUACAUGGGAUGAAAUUCCUGUAUGGCAACAUGACAAUGAAUAUAUUUAUACUGGCUAUGUGCGCGAAACAAAUAGUAUGAAGGAAUCAUUCUUGAGCUUAUUUUAUAUUCAUAAUGAAUCAGUUAAUAUUUAUACUCAUUUGAUCCCAGCUUUUUGCUUUUUAAGUAUGCUAUUAUUUAAUACUUAUGGAGUAAAGCCUCAUCCAACAACCACAUAUGGAGACUAUGUUGCUAUUGACCUUUUCUUCAUUGGUGCUUUCACUUGUUUAGGGCUCAGUAGUACUUUCCAUUGUUUUAAAAGUCACUCAUUGAAAAUAUCCGUUUUCGGUAACAAGCUAGAUUACUUGGGAAUUGUUAUAUUAAUCUCUACGUCUUUGAUAAGUGUCUUAUAUUUCGGUUAUCAUGAUGAUCCAUUUAUAUUUUAUAUCUUUUCCGGUAUCACUCUAUGUUUUGGAAUAGCUUGUGGUAUCGCAUCAUUAAAGGAUAAAUUUAGAACAAGAGAAUGGAGGCCUUAUAGAGCCGCUUUAUUUGUAUUAUUCGGAUUAUCUGGUGUUCUACCAAUCAUUGCUGGUAUAAUGAAAUAUGGUAUUCGUGAAGUAUUUGAACGUGUUCAAUUAAAAUGGAUCAUUUGGGAAGGGGUUCUAUAUAUAUUCGGUGCCUUUCUAUAUGGUGCAAGAUUUCCUGAAAAAUUUAUGCCAGGAAAGGUAGAUAUUUGGGGCCAAUCUCAUCAAAUUUUCCAUGUUCUUGUUGUUAUUGCUGCAUUAUGCCACUUACGUGGGUUAAUUGGAAGUUAUGAACUAGUUCAUCAGAAAUUAGACGCUCAAUUGCAAUCAAUUACUUAA